AGCUGCGAGCGCCACAGUCAGCAGGAGCGCACGCUGUUUUAUUAUCAUGGCUCAGUUUAAAUACUGGAGACGCGUGUGUUGCCUCCUCUGAAACACAGCCAGUAGUUCCAGUCUGAUAUUUUUGGGGAACAAACGGAACCAGCUGCCACCAAACAGUUUGUCGACUGUCAGACAGUAAUUUGGGAUUAAAAUGGUCAUCAAGGUUUACAUCGCCUCCUCGAGCGGCUCCGUCGCGGUAAAAAAGCACCAGCAGGCAGUGGUGGGUUUCCUGGAGGCCAACCGAAUCAGCUUCCAGGAAGUAGACAUCACCAUGCUGGAGGAGCAGAGGCUCUGGAUGUACCGCAACAUCCCCAGAGACAAGCAGCCGGAGAAAGGCAACCCACUGCCUCCGCAGAUCUUCAACGAGGAUCGCUACUGUGGGGACUAUGAAGACUUCUUCCAGUCAAAGGAGGACAACACUGUGUUUGCAUUCCUUGGGCUCAGCUCCCAACCCUCAGUGAAAGAUUCUGAGUCAUAGCCUGGAUCAAACUGCUGGUAUGUAACGUCCAGGGAACCUCAAGAUACGAGGACAAAAACUGCAUCAUUUCCCAUGUUCUUCCUCCUACGACGACGACAGCACGUUGCCAAACAUCAGACCCUACGGAUUUCACCCAGUAUGACCUCUCCUGACUCUUUAAACAACAUUCCACCAUCACUUAAAGAAGUGUCUGAUUCUCAAGAGAGACUUGAUCACAGAAGGAGGGGACUGACUUUAUGAUGGAUGCAAUUGUGUUUCCUUUUCUUGUUUAGCACACACUGUGAUCGGCGGCAAACACUGUCAGUAGCAUAGAUUCUGUGCACACUAGAUGUAGCAGCUUAAGCAUCAGUAGACGAGUAAGUUUAGGUCAAUCUGAAUUGCAGUGGAUGGGGAAAGAACUGGUUGGGUGCAGCAGUGCAGCACAAGUCACCUGAAUACACACCCAUGUUGCGUGUGUAUGCCUUAGUGUGUGUGCGUGUGUGUGUCUCAAUCAGCAGCUGUUAAUGAAGGCUGUGUUAAGUGAUGGGACCUGAGAGGCGGCACUUAAUGCAACCUGAAACAACCCGAGGUCUAGCCAUUAUGUCUGGCUGUGUGUGUGUGUGUGUGUGUGUGUGUGUGUGUGUGUGUGUGUGUGUGUGCGUGCUUUAGCAGAGGUGACGGUGACACUGCAGUUUGCCACAGCAGAUGAGACCAAAUGCUAAGAAUCUUAAAACAUACGAGGGAUAUACAUGAUACUCAGAAUCAUUGCCAGCAUUUAAAGGGACAGUUCACCCCCAAAAUCAAAAACUAGAGUUACUGUGGUCAGACAUUAGGAAAGAAACAUGAUGACAAUGCACCUUAAAAUUACUCAGAGCUCAGUCAAGGUUCCACUUUUGAACUCUGGUUUCCAGGGGAAUAUCCUGUGAUUUGCCAUCCUCCCACCACCCCAACCUGUCUCUUAAUAAGGACUGUUCCCAUCUUUACUCCCUUCAGCCCAUGUGGUCAUGUGAUCGCAGCCUUCCCAUAAUGACAAUGGAUAUGUACAACUUUUGGUGCAUUACUUAUUGUAGGAAAAUUAAGAACAGUGCAAGAGAACAGCCUGAUAUAAUGGAAUUAGAUGGCACUGGGCUUGUGGUGCUGAAAUCGCCAAAAAAUAAAUUUGAAAAACUCAACAGCACUGUCUCUUUGCAGAAACCAUGACCUGAUAACUCAAAAUAAUCCACAUACCUUGUGUGACUAGUUUCAUGUAGGAACUAUUUUCUCUGGACCAAACCACAUCUGCCAACCUUAUCAUCGCGCAGAAUGAAGCAUUUAUCUACUGCUAGCUCACCUAGCACCACUGAGCUAGCUAACAUUACAGCUCAGCUGAGGAGGACGACAUUAAUGUUUACAUCUCGCGCUGUCAGGAGCAUGAAACUCUUGUCCA